AUGGCGUCCGCCCUCGGUCGUCUGGCGCGACUCUCGGCUCUGUCCGCGCCGCUGCCCCGGUGCAGUAGGCUUGGGACGGCCGUGGUUCCCUGCCGCUCCGCCGUCUUCACUUCCUCUGGUGCGGUUCUGCCCAAACCCAAGAAGACCCCCUUCGGUGUGAUCCGGAUCGGUCUGGUCGUGGUUCCGUUCUUGUAUGUGGGAACUCAGAUCAGCAAGAACUUUGCAGCGCUGCUGGAGGAGCACGACAUCUUUGUUCCGGAGGACGAUGACGACGACGACUGACGCGCCUGGUACCUGCCGCACCAGGUGAA